CGGCUAUGUGAUCUUCAGCCGGAUAUACUCAACCUGGGUCGGGAGAGCUCUCUGCAUCACAGAUAUUUUCGUCAUUCCGGAGUUCCGAAGAAAGGGAAUCGGCUCUGCACUGCUCCUCCAGGUUAUACAUGAAAGCAAGAGGCUCGGAUGUUGUCGCAUUGAUUGCUACCCGGUGAAGCAGAACCCUGCACUCUUGAGCCUUCUCAAGAAACAUAAGGCGAGAGACCUGAACGACGGCGAGGGCUGGAGCUUCUAUCAAUUGGACAGCACAAGGCUGAGAGACUUUGCUAGCGAUCAAAGUGGCAACUGUUAAAAUGCUUUAUUUUAGUCA